AACUAAGUCUCAGCCAGUCCAGCUUAGUCGCGUCACGACAAACAAAAAAAGUAGACGAGAACCAACCUCCCGUCGCAACAUUCUGCUGCUUCACAUGCAUUUGCUGCAUCACCAGUGCGCAUUGCUCGCCGAUACCUGCAGCAAUGGCAGAGCCACUUGCCGACCAGCUCUAUCUCCCGCCUUUGGAACCAUGUCUUAAGGGCGAGUCCGUCAUCUUGUCAUGGAAACUAGUAGCAUCGGCUUUGAUGGACCCUUCUGGUCACCGUCAAAGUAGCCAGAUCGUCGUCGACUUCUUCAAUGACCCUCUCGUGCAAUCCUUUUUCACCAGCCCAGGCUCUGCCUUCGAGCCCUCCAGCGACAAGAGCCAGCACCAUGCGACCUUUGAGAGAAAGACAGCUGCCAUUCAUGUCACCCCAACCCCCAACGAAAAAUACGACAUCAACGUGAUCAAGGAGGACGCUUUGUGGUUAAGCAAAAAUGCCCGAAUCAACGAGGUGGCUGCCUUGCGAGUUGUUGUUGUCGAAUACCAGUCCCGUCCUACAAGCCAGCUGCUCGGCCCCAUCUCGAACCAGGAUGUCGCCGGCUUACGCGCUGCUGCUGGUGCUGGGAAUGCACAGAGCUCCAAUAUCAUACCAGGCCUAACCCUCACCGCAACUCUGGAUGCGUCCGAUAUCCAGGCUAACUUCGAUAAAACCGAGAGCCGGCGACAGCGCAUCUUCCAAACCUACCUCUCCGAACGCCGCUUUUACGCCGCUACGAACGAAUAUGUCUUCACUCUGAUGCUGCAGGAGAAGCUCCCCACAUCAUCACCCACCGAGGCUUCGAGUUCUAUACGGCAAUCGCUCCUCAACGCGUAUGGUGUCUCGUCCAAGCCAACCCAGAAACCAACCGCUGACAUCCCUACCAAAACAUGUCAUGCCUUGAUUUCCCAAUACAUUACUCUUUUGCCAGACUGCAUCCAACAGGCCGGGGCUAGUCUGGACUCGGUGGUUAAGGAUAAAGCAUUACUGAACGAGGACAACCAGGAGCUGUGGGUUCAUACUUGCUUGAUCGAGAUAUUACACCGCAUGACAAUAUUAUUUCAGCUCCUAGAUCAGUUGAGCGAUAGCUUUGUAUCGGAAUCGGUGGCUAAACAAUGGUUUCUUAUGGUUAACGACCUCAACUUCUUGAAUCAGCUACAAGGGUUCUCUCAAAUCAUAUCUGAUCUGAUGAUCCCAUUGCAAACUCUUGUCUGUGUUAUAUCAUUAAAGACCCUCAAUCUGCCGAGAAUGAUGGCAUUUUUUGAAGGCGAAAUUGAUCUAGACACAGACAACGAGUACUUGGCAACCUCAAGCGUCCUUGAACUGAUACACGAUGUCCUCGAGUCUUCAGUCGCGUCAGGGUCGGCUUAUAUGUCCCCUGUUUUGUUCGCAUGGGUGCCUAUUGUACAUGCUAUGUUUUCUUCCUAUCAGGAAAGAGCAGAAAAGCGUGAUGCCAUCCAGAAUCAGAAAGCUGUCGAGAACUACGACUCUAAUACACAGAUGGUGCCCAGAGGCCGGAGGAAUUCAGCUGGGAGUAUCACAACUAUCGACAAAAGGCGAUACGACGAUUUUCUCAUUAAUAAAAGCUUGGAUCGCGACUUUGAAAGGGUACAGCUGCUUGCAAUUGUUGCGACAGAUGAGGUGCAUGUUUUCGAUGUGAUCGCGGCGUUGGCAUCACAUCUAGGUCCAACUGAACGUGGUAUCUUUCCCUUCGCAGUAGGAUCUAGAAUGAGGAUAACCUUCAUGGACCUGCUUAAAGCUACAUAUCCAUUUGUUGGUUACAAAGCAGAACCACUGACCUCUCUUCUGUCUGUACUUGGCGGCUCUCACGGAUACUGGGACUUGCCUGCGGUCCAGGAAGCCUCACAAGAUGACAUUCUUCAUUGCGCAUUAAAGGACCAGCUUAUUUUAGAAGCAUACGUUCAGCAGGCGCUGGAUCGCUUCCCAUACGAGUUCGCUCCAUUCCUGACUCUGUGUCGGACGCUUGGAUGUGCAGCUGCCUUGCCAGACACCAACAACCAUGAACGUAUUAGCAGGCUGCUGGAGAAGACGCCAACACUGACUUUUACUCUGCCCGACGAUUUCACACAGUAUCAUCUUGCAAAUGAAGAGGAAAAUUCGAACUCUUUUCAGUUUAUAGACGAUUUUCCUCUGUUCUCUCCUGUCUCAAGUCGCAAAAGAAUUGCGGCAGAUGAAGAACUCUUCGUUAUACCUGCUGGGACCUACGGACGGUUCAUCGUGGAUGAAGGAAAGAUAGUGCGAGUGGAAUAUGAGCAUUCUUCUCUGGCACUACUCGGCAAACGUUUAGACCUGAACCUUGUCGCUAAUAGAUACGAUAUGGCGCUCGGUGUACUUACACUUGACGAUAUUGCAGAGGUUAUUUCGUUGCUUGCGACGUUGAUUCGGGCGGAAGCUCUGAGAGCCUCUAGUUCGAACGGAAGAGCGGUCGGCUCUUCAGAGGCAGCACUCGCUAUCGUGGGAGAAGCCAGCCGAGCACUGCCCCGUAAUAAAGAUAUCGUAUCGGUGGUAUGUGAUACAAUGGAUGUUCUCAUGGAUAGCGACCAGGACGACUUUGGCUUGGGGGCUCUGGUCGCUUGUGUACAGUUUUUACAUGCUAUCUUACCUAUCUGCCCCGGUAGAGUCUGGUCAUAUAUGGCGAAGUGUACCCUACUUCAAAGUCAAUCACAGGGUGGCCGGCUUGCCCGCAUCAUCGGCAACCUCGACUUGUCCAACGUUCAAUUCGACCUGCUAGUGUCGACUAUACGACUAUUCUCGGACCUGGUAGAGAGUGCAAUGACCAGCUCCGUCCGACGAAAGACGGACGUUAAGCUAAACCCCAGACAGCAGUCGGUUGAUAAUGUUUGGCUUGGGGUCUCGGAUAAAAUAAUUACGCAAAUCACACUAGCAAUCGCUCAGACAACCGUAGACUUACUGGAAAGUUCAUCGACAUGGAGAUUUGCAACAGACCAAGAUCGAAUGACCCUAAUGCGCGAUAUCGUGCCUAUCAUGGAAAAAAUCAUAUACUAUACUUUCAGCAUGGAUGACAUAUCUGCCAAGACUGCAUUAAUGUCUGUUUUGGUGCCUGCUGCAAAGUUCAUCGUCGACAGUUUUCUUGGACCAUCUGCUGGCAGUCUGCGUGUCCUGCCGCUCCUAGGAACGCUUGUCGCAGCAACACAGGGUCUCGAAUCAACUGUAUAUGCGCAGCGGUCCCAAGUAUUUCGUGAUCAGACGUUAGUCGUCCUAAAGUUUGCAACCAGCCUGGUCAGGGUAGCAAAUUAUUCUGACCGUUCGUCUACUACGCUAGAAUACCAACUAUUCAAAAUAACACCCUAUGUCGCCCGGCUCUGCGCACGAGAUCCUAUUUUCAAGGGACCUGUGAUUGAGCUUCUGGAGUCAUUAGUUAUCAGUGCCGGAAAGACAGUUGGAGAGCCCCCGUCUUUGCUCGGGAGUCUUGGACCUCAGACCUCUCGCUCGUUCCUUCAACUUAUUAGCACUCUCGAUAGACCAUUCAACCAGGCCCAGGAAGCUAACACCAUUUGGCAUUUUUUCUCGACCAUUGUACGCAAUAGACAACAGUGGAUGGCAAAUUGCCUUCUUACGGGUAAAACCCCAAAAGAUGCAAAAGCAAGCAACAGCAAGGCCGCGGAAACUACCCCAGAUUCGGUUCUGGGGUCAGCUUCGUCAAGGCUUGCCUUGUUAUCAAAGCUAGACCAGUCAGAAGCUUUAUCGAUCUUGGACUUCAUCACUUCCGCUCAGAACUUUUGGCCUUGGACCAUAUUUACCCUACAGAAAAACACAACUUUCCUCGCCGAACUCAGGAAUUUUGUUCGUAUUCUAAAGCCGUCGUCCGUUACUAUGAAGACGAAGGUGCUACAAGCUUGCAAUGAGGCUCGGAUUGCAGCAUAUAUCGCCGAGAUUUUUGCUAUGCAAUUGUUUCACCUACGUCAGUUAGGCCAGGCAGGCUCAUUUGCCAAGGAGCUUACUCAAGACCUUGACUAUUAUCUGCGAGACGGUGUAGGUGUUGCUGGCUAUAAUAGGGGACUUCACGUCAACUUCGCGAGGAACUUUAGUAGACAAUAUCCGAACUGCUCUCUGGAAAACUUUAAACGAACAUUACUGGAGCCUAAAUCACUAGGGGGCGAAUUUUACUAUGCCCUUGGCUUUGCCGACAGGAUGCUGAAGUUUGACCCAAGCUGGAUUGGACCACGCAGUUCAGGUUUCAGAAACGAAAUGGAAAUGGCCAACAUGAACCUAUCGCUAGUCGAUGCUCAAGUGUCACUUUAUCAUGCUUGGGAAUUCCUUUUACUUGAGCUUAGCACGUGCUUGCCAGAUAACGACACCCUGAAGAAGCAGUCUAUACAGGUUGCUCAGCAGUGCCUUGAGGCGAAUCAAGAGAUCCAAAGCCACGAUCAAGUCUUCGAGCGACUUGCAGAGUCUCGAGUAAAUUUAGCACUCAUUUUAGUUCAAAGAAUUGUGAACAGUUCUCCGUCCGCUGGCGAUGUUGCGCAAUUGUUGAACUCUAUCUGGGGAAUAGUGAGCAGCUAUCAGGAACCAUACGCAUCACAAAAUAUCUCGAUAUACCGCACUCUUCUGAGAUUAUUGUAUGUCACGUUACGAACUAUGGUCCGAUCGUACGGGCAGACCGAUUUCAACGCAUCUGUGCGUGACAGUCAGGGAAACAGCAUCUCCCCAGCCAUCGUUUCCCAAACUGUAUUAGGUAUCCUAGAUGGGGUUGUGUGUAAGGGUUUCCGUACAGUCGUGGCGUUCAUUCACGAUUCAAGUACUGGUGUUUCUACCAGCGAUGUCAUCAUCAUCAAUGCCAUUUUGCAGGCAUGCCUAUGUAUCCCAGGCAUGGAGCAAAGUCAGACACAGAUCCUCAACAUUCUGACCGCUCACGAUGCAGUCCAGGCGGCUGUAUCGCUAUAUUCGUGGGCAGACAAGCUAGCUGAGCAAGGAGACCCGAUAUACGGUGAACUAGCACUGCUUUUUCUUCUCGAACUAUCGACUUUGCCUCUGGUCGCCGAACAGCUGGCGUGCGACGGGCUCCUUGAUCAAAUCACCUCAGCCAACCUUGCUACAUAUCUCCGUCGGCCUAACGUGUCGCCCUUUGCUGACUCGGUUGGCUUACAACGAUGCUACAGUAUCUGGGCCAAAGGAAUCGUGCCACUUCUCCUGAACCUGCUUUCGGCCUUGGGUGCAACGAUCGCGCCAGAAGUUGCCUACGUACUUAACCAGUUCCCGAGUUUGAUGCAGUCCAGCAUUGAUCGGUUUGAGGCCCCAAGCGACAGCCAAAGGCGAGGUCGCCUGGACAUGGCCUUUAUUACCCCAUUAUCUGUCUCUGAGAUUCACUCGUUGGCGCUCGUGACCCAGGUGCUAGGCGGCUUACGAGCGGGCAAUGCGAGAGACAUCCCCGCUGUUGAAUGGGAUUCAGCCACUUUACUGGAAAAUGUAGACUGGUGGAUUGAUCAUCGCAAAGUGCUGCGAGAGAGAUUGGUGUCACUCGGUCCAAGAGAGGCCGAGCGCAAGACGAGGCCAGCUUCAGACGCGGAUCAGAGACGAGGCUCGGAAAGCCAACUCGAAGCCAAUGUUGUAGAGCAAUUAGAGUUUGUACGAAUUGUGCUCAACGAUGGCCCGGAAUAGGGCUCCAUGGACUUGAAAGGAGUAUUUUACAUUAGCUACAUUUUAACAGAGUGAUGGAAAAAAGAAUAGGGGCAGGCUCUGCAUAGGACGCCAUGGCGUAUAGGCGUUUCCCCGGGCAGGGCAAAAGACAUGU